UUGCCAAGCCCUGGGAGGCUGUGAGGAAGAGGAAGAUGCCCCGGGACACGCAGGCAGAGCAGGAGCUGAGGCUGGAGAGCAGGGAGGACAAAUCCCCGGGGCAGAAGCUCGUGGCAGAGGCCGUUUGGAGCGGCUCCACGGCGCAGGAAGGCAACGGGGAGGAAAAGGCCCGGAGAUGCCGCACGAGGAGGGGCUGCAAAGGCAGAUGGCGGCGAUCUGAGGGGGAAAGACCCUGCCUGGGCCGGGAAGGCGGCCGGAGAUGGAGCCAGAGCUCGGAGCUGGUGCUCCAUGAGCAGCCCCAUGAUGGGGAGAAGCCCCACACCUGCGUGGAGUGUGGGAAGAGCUUCAGGUGGAGCUCUGAGCUGAUCAGGCACCAGAGGAUCCACACUGGGGAGAGGCCCUAUGAGUGUGAUCAGUGCAGGAAGAGGUUUCAGACCAGCUCCGAUCUCCUCGUGCACCAGCGCACGCACACAGAGGAGAGGCCCUUCCGCUGCCCCGACUGCGGGAAGGGAUUCAGGCACAACUCCAGUCUUGUCCUGCACCGGCGCAUCCACACUGGGGAGAGGCCCCACGAGUGUGGGGAGUGUGGGAAGAGCUUCAGGCAGCGUUCGGACCUGAUUGUCCACCAGACGAUCCACACUGGGGAGAGGCCCUACGAGUGUGAUCAGUGCAGGAAGAGGUUUCGGAUCAGCUCCCAUCUCCUCCUGCACUAUCGGAUUCACUCAGAGGAGAGGCCCUUCCGCUGCCCCGACUGCGGGAAGGGAUUCAGGCACAACUCCACCCUCAUCACCCACCGGCCGGCGGCGGUGGCAGCAGCGGUGCUGACAUCGGGACAGCGGCGUCAGGACAGCGGCGGCAGCGAGAGCUGCGGGACUGGCCCAGGGCAAGGCACCAUGGCCCUUGCUCUGCGCCUCUUCCUGCUGCUCCUCCUGGCCGUGGCCCUGCCUGCCAGGGCGGCCCAGGCUGCUCCGCUGCAAGCGCGGGGAGCAGCUGAACCUGUUGGUGAAGGCAAUCCAGCUUCUAAACCCAUGACCGUGAAUGAGCCUCUGGGAGAUGCUGAGAAUGAGGUUCCUGGGAAGGCUUCUCCAUCAGAUUGGCUGCGUAAAGUUUUGAAGCCUUCUGGGCCUCCUUCAGGUAUGUUCUCACUGUCCCACCAAGCAGUAAUCAUGGACAUUGACUGGCAGCAAGAAGGUGACAGAAUCUUCUCUGGCUCUUGA